GUGGAAUUAUGUUUAUCUUGGCAUUUGCACAAUAUUAUAUUGUAAUAAAACUUACAGAGUAUCUAUAUUACUGUCCGUGGUAAAAUCGCGAUACGCUCUAAUCGUGCAUAAAACAUAAAUUUAUAUUUUAUUUCGUAGAUAAUAUACAUAGACCCACAAACGAGGUGUUCUACAUUAUCGGGUCUAUGCUAAUAAUGUUGACAACUGUACAUUUUACGAUUGACGGCCGACGAUUGAUGACGGGUGGUUUGUCAUACAGAUAUCGUAAUAUCUAAGGGCACGAUCGUGAACUUUGGGCACCACGCCAGCUACACCGUGAUAUGAUAAUUUCUUUGACGACGAGUGAUAACGUUGAUUACGCACACGUUUGCGAGAACGUACUCCACUACACUCUAGUGAAAGCCAACAAUGUCGUAAUUAUUGAAAUAAUUACAUCGAUUUAUAAUUUACCAAAACGAUGGAGUAUUAUACUUAAUGGUGUCGGAUUUUCAGCGUUCGGUUUAAACCUUCGGAGAUUAUGGUUGGUGAAGGUAGUUGUGCGUCCGCGGUUUUAACUUUUAACCCGUCAUAUUGGAUGAGACAGUCGCACGCCGCACGCCGUCUUUAAAACAACAUGAUAAAUUUAACAUUUUAACGUGACCACGUUUGAAAACAUUUCACGUUAUGAAAACUGUGCGUCCGAUUACUGUCUUUGGUCGUUUACGAGGUUAGAUAGUGUUUCGGGUAAUUUGAGUGACGGCCGUGUAGGUACCUCUACCUACCUAUUUAAUUAAAGAUCUAGUAUUUUGAUAGUAGUUUAAUACGGCCCGUUGUUUAUAGCAAGGUUACUCGUAGAGGUAUUAUUAAUUAUUAUUAUCAUUCAUGACGACGGUAAUUUGAUUGCUAAUAUGCGUUCUUUUUCAAGAUACGUUUCGUCUGAUCGCCAUGGUCGCCGAGCCAAAGGUACGGGACUGGUGUCCAGCCCUCGAGGUCAUGCCUUUGGAACGAACAGCCGUGGUUGUAUUAAACACAGACAUUGAAAAUCCACCAAAGUUGGUGCACCGCCUUUGGAACGAAUGUGAGUGUAUGAAUGUACUGAAUAUCAUACUGAAUGUAUGGUGAGCAAUUGGUGCCUAAAAUUGGUCUAAAAUGCCACUAGGCGCCUAAUAUUCAUUUUUCAAUCGUUCAGCCUGGCUUCGAGUGACUGUCGAUGGUGGUACAAACAAAUGGCACAGUUUUGUUAAACAAAAUGCGUUGGAAAAUCUCAAAUACCCAGACCUUAUUACUGGUGACUUAGAUUCUGCUGAUCCUGUUAUCGUUGAGCAGUUUGUAUCUGCAGGUUCACAAAUUGUUCACACACCAAAUCAGGAUGAGACAGACUUUACUAAAGCACUUUUGGAGAUCAAGAAUUAUUGUGCAAGUAAAAGAAAAAUAUAUACACUUUAGUUAAGCGUUUCAUUGUCCUAAUUCUGUGAGUUUUUAUUUUGUUUAGGUAGUCAUAAAUCAAUAGAUUCUGUAAUCGUCAUGGUUAACAUGUUCCACAGAGUCGACCAUUUCUUGUCAAAUAUAAAUACUCUAUAUAAAUUUAAGUCUAGCGACUAUUAUUUUGACGGUGACAUAUAUCUGAUGGGAAGAAAUUCGUUGACUUGGUUGCUUCAAGCUGGUAUGCAUCGCAUCCACGUGCCCCUAUCGCUCAGAUUGUAUCCUCAGAAGAACUUCAUAGGUCUUUUCCCGAUCGGUUCAGCCUGUAAUGAAUGUACAACUACAGGUCUCAAGUGGAAUAUAAGUAAGUUUGAUUGUGGUUUUUCUUUGCAUUAGUAUAUUUUUAGUGUUAAUUACUUAACCAUUUAUUUACAUUCUUAUUUUUAUAAGAACCACUUUUAAAUUUAAUUGAAAUUGAAUUUGAAUAAUUUUGAGAUUAUUGACUUUUAUUUGUUCAAAAAGAUCAUUUAAAUAUCAGGUAAGAAGCACCCUCUUAAAUCUCAAUAUAUUAUAAUAUGUUUAUUAUUAGUAUUAUAAAAUGUGGAAUGCAUAUAUAACACAACAUAUGUAAUCUAUACAUAUUUAUAUGCUCUAAAAAACCCUUAAAAUACUUUCUUAAUUUUCUAUUAAAAACUAGUAAAAUAUGAUUUCAUGUACAUUUUAUUUUGUGAAAUGGGUCACUCUAUUAUUUAAUUAUCUAAGUAUAGUCUUUCUAUCGUAAUAAAUGGGUUUAAUAUUGUUCUUUGUACCUAAAAAUUCAUGUUAUAUUAUAUUAUAUUUAUUCAUAUAAUAGGAGUGUUUUGAGCAACCUGGUUACUAAUUUAGUGAACAAACUGUUUUGCCGACAAAAUUUACUGUAAUUGUUUGAUAGGCGAAUGCACUUUUUGACUACUGGGUUGUUGGAAUCAGCAAACAAUUGAAAGUUACGUUUACUGUUUUCAGUUAUUAAUAAUUUACUGAUAAGGACUAUCAUUCAAUUUUAUAUAACAAAAAAUAUUAUACAGUAAACAAAACGUUUUGGCAAGUAACUGACAAAGUAGCAAAUAAUGCAGUAAACUGUUUACUGAAAAUUAUAUCGCCAAAACACUUCUAAAGUAGGUACAAACCAUUGAAAUAGUUGAAUAAUAAAUCUCAAUAUUUUAUACAAGUUAUUGAAAGAUUAACAUAAUUUUUUUUUUAAGACAAAAAAUAUACUUUUUUGAUAGCUAAUAUAUUAUAAAAUAUGAAAAAUAGGCUAAAUUUCUUUAAACCGAAAAAUAUACAAAUUAAAACAUUGUUUCUUAUAAAUUAUAUAAUCCACAAACCAUUCACAUUUGUUAGCCCCUUUGGCCUGCUCAAAUUGAAUAAAUAUAUUAUAUGAAAACCUAAAGAAAACCUAAAUAUCCACUAUCUUAUUAUUAUAAUAUAUAUUUACUGUGGAUAUUGUUAGUUUUUUAUAUUAAAUUAUAUACGUAUAAAAAAAUUUUAUUUUAUUUUAUAUAUUAAUGCCUGAUGGCAAUUAUAAGUAAUAUAUAUAUUAUCAUUAAUUGUUUGAUUAUUAAAAUAUUACAGCUAUCUAAUUGCAGAUGAUUUUUUAGUGUGACUAUUAAAAUAGUGAAUUAAAGUAAUCAUCUUUUCCUAGUGAUAAUUGGCAAAAGAUUGGUUUAAUAAUAUCUCAUUAAAUUAUAUUUAAUAUCUAAAUAGCUAAAGUUUGACUUGUUCUUUUAUUAUCCCAUAAAAAACAAUUUAUCAAUCUAUUAAAAUUUUAUUAUGGUAAUAAUCCAGUUUGAAAGACAGUCAAUUUAAAUACAUUAUAUAUUUUUACAUAAAUGUAUUGAUAUGUUCUAUUUUCAUUUAAAUUUUAUGACUAACUAUCCCAUAUGACUUUUUCGUGCACAGUAUUUACCAAAAACUAAAUAAAAAUUUGUUUCUCUAUCCCACAAACUGAUAUUUACUUUUAUUAAAAUAGAUCAAAGGUUCCCUAAACUGUUUAACCCAUAGUUCAUGUCGUCAGUUUCUUGCCAAAACUUGGCACCAAAAAAUUUUACUAUUUUGUGAUAAUGAUGCUAUCUAGUGUAAAAUAUUAUUUUCUAACAAUUUACAAGAGAUGUAUUAAGUGAAUUUCCCACUCUAACCUAACCUAAACUUACAGUUUCUUAUUUUCACCAACGGAUAAAGACGUAGAUAUAAAGAGCUAAUAGUCAUUAAUGGUUUAGUGAGUUUUACAUAAACAGGAAUUAUAAUAUAUUGAGAGCCGAAAUUCAGUAUCGGUGAAAAAAAAAAUUCAAAAUUACCAAAUAACUAUAAUAAAUUUGUUGAAAUCCAUAGAUUUACAGAAAUACUUGGAACAUGUUAAUGGAGUUUGUUACGAGGAUUCAAAUUAUAUUGAUAAUAUGAAUAUUAUUAAUAUUAUUAUUACUAAUCUAUUUGUACACAUUCAUCGGAUUCUUGCCAAAACUCUGUAAUGGAAAAAUAGCAAUUGAUUAGAAAAAGAUUUUAAAAAUUUGAUUUUUGGUCUCAACCCUACGAAAUCCUUAAUUUUUAAGAUAUUUACAUAAUUUUUCUUUUUAAUGAAUUCGGCUUAUAUUACUGCAUUAAAAUAUUAGAUUUUUGUUGAAUUGUUUAAUGCAACACAAUUUUUUCCAUCAGUAUAUUGUAUGUAAAUAGUUUAGCCGUUUUCUGGACAAUUACUAUUUUUCUGUUACCGAAUUUUGGCAAGAAGCCAAUGAUGUACUAAUUUUUUCUAUUUUUUGUAGACUCUCUAACAAUGGAUUUUUGCAAAUUCAUAAACUUGGAUAGUUUACUGUGGAAUGAAAAAUUAUAAAAUUUAAAAUAUAUAUAUAUAUUUAGUUGUGUCGUAAUUCCUGUCUCUAUUUAUCAAUUGUUCUAUAAAUAUUUUACGAUAACGCUAAUGACUUUAUUUUCAAUUAUAAUUUUACCUAGUGAUCAUUUCUACUAUUUCUGAUUAGUACAGUUUUUAUGUCACGCAGUAAACAUGGAAAGGGACAUUAAAGAAAAUGAUAUUUCUGUGAUCGCGUUUUUCAAGUAAUAAAUCCCCAUUAGAGAAUUUUAACUUAUUUAAACCACUGAAAAUAACUCAGAAAUUUGUUUAUCGGAUUGUUAAACAGUUCAACAAGAUGAAUACUGUAGAUGACAGACCAUGAACUGAACGACCACGUAAAACAUGAACCAAAGCAGCUGUCAAAGCUGUCGAGCAGAGUAUCCAUAGAAAUCCAUUCCGCAAGCAAAAAAUCAUAGUCUGAGAAAUAAAAAUCCCACCAAUAACCAUGUCACGUAUUAUUAAAGAAGACCUUAGCCUUAGUGCACAUCGAAGGAGUAUCGGUCUUGAACAGAAAAUUUAUAUUAAAUUAGAGUGACAAGAGCAAAAAAUUUACUUCAGUAGUAUGCAGAAAAUGGCCACCGACAAAUUGUCUUUGCAGAUAAAUAAAUUUUUACUGUAGAAGAAAAAUUUAACAGACAAAAUGAUACAGUUAAUGCUCACAGAUCUUAAGAAGGUGCUGAAAAUAUGCACUGGAUCUUUCAGCAAGAUUCAGCACCUGCACAUAAGGCAAAAACAACACAACAUUGGAUGGAGGAAAAUAUACCAGAGUUCAUUGCUGCUCAUGAUUGGACCUCAGGAAAUCCAAACCUCAAUCCUUUGGAUUACCGGUUGUAGAGUAUUUUAGAGGGAAAGGCCUGCUCUAAACCCUAUCAAAAUAUUAAAUCAUUAAAAGUUGAUUUGGUGAAAGCAGCAGCCUCACUACUGUUAAAACUGGUGCAUACUGUGUAGAUGAAUUCAGAUUGUUUAAAAAAGUAUGUAAAGGCGAAAGGUGGAUAUUUUGAACAAUAUUAGUAUGUUAGAUUCUGAGUGGAGCAAAGGAGCUUAUAGUUUUAUAAAGAUGUUUAUUUUUUUUUUAUCUCUGUGCAACUUUUCUACCAUAACGCCUGCUCAGAUUUUUAUGUGUAGCACCUUUUCUGAGAGAAAUAGGUGUAGAGAGGUACUUUAGGGAGGUCAUUUUUUGAUUUUCUCAGGAGUUUCUCAUCAAACUUGAAAAACCGAAAAAAAUACAGGAAAAAUGAGAAAAUCGGUACAACAUUAAACAAAUAUUAUUAAAGAAAAUAUAUAAAGCCUAUUUAAUUAUUUUACUUUUAAAUGACAUAUAUUGUUGACAAAGCAUCACUAUCAACUGAAUUCCGCUCAGAAUGGUUUUUUUGUAAACAAUGGUUUAUUUUUUUAUUUUUAGUUAUUAUGUUCAUAAAGAAUAAAUUAAAUCAGGUUUAUUUGUAUUUACUUAUUUUGUUAAUUUUAUAUAUACCACUGAAUAAGGGAUAGAACUUAUGACAUAACUAGAUAUUUAUUUUGUUUAUAUUCAUACCUUUUUAAAUUCAAUUUUAAUUAUUUAAUUAACCUACCUAUGUUAAUAUAUAUAGUUUAUUUAUUACAUUUUUGUAGACCUUUUGCAGAUCAGAACUCCUAGGGUAAUAUACCACUUUGGGAACUUCUGAUCUAGAUUAUAACUCAUACUAAAAUAGAUCAAAAUAUAUCUAUUAAAGGAUUAUUUAAAAACCAAUGUGUUUUAUUUCAGAUGGAAAAAUUAUGGAAAUGGGAGGACUUAUCAGUAGCAGUAAUACAUUUAAUGGGGACCCAUUUGUCACAAUUACCAACAGUUCCUCUUUAUUAUGGACUAUGACACUGGGUUAUGAAGAAAGUUUUUAAACAUCUUGUUUAAAUUUUUAUAUUUUAUUCCAAAAUAAAUUUCCUUCUCCUAUUAAUACUCGAAAAAGAUCUUUAUUGAAAUUUAAUUUUAAUAUAACCCCAUUGUUAGAAUUUUGUUGGUAGUCAGUGAUAUAUAUCACUACAAAUAAUUUUUUUUAUAUAUACACAGAUUGAUUAUUUUUUUUUAUCAUUGAACAUUCAUUAUUUCUCAAAAUAUGAACUAAGUAAGUUUAGUACUAACUUAAUACUAAACAAAAUUGUUUGAUAAUUUAAGAAACAAGCAGAUCUAAAAUGAUAAAUUGCCAUUAUUUUUUGUUAUAUUUAUUUUUGGGGAAGAAACCUACUUUAGAUUUUAAAAUGGUAACCUAGAUUACUUAGUGUCAUAAAUUGAUAGAGUAUUAGUUAAAUAAAUUUUGGUGUUGACAUUUUUGAUUUAUGAAAUAUUCUACUUCUAAGUAGGGGAAUGUAAUGGAGUACUAUUCAAAUUCUGCACACUGUGCUACCAUACAAAUGAUACCCUCCCUUCCCCCCAUUUAAACUUAAAUUUGGAAUAUCUCAUGAAUGGGUUGACAGAAAUCACAAUGUAUUUAAACUGUUGCUCUAUCAAUUUAUGGAAUUUUUAAUGUAGCUUACUUACCAUUUGAAAAUCAAAAUUUAUCUCCAAAAAUAAGGGUGAAAAAAAAUAGUAUAACAUUUUAGAACUGCUUGUUUCUUAAAUUGUCAAACAAAUUUUUUUUGAACCAAGUAAUUACUUCGUAAAAUAACGAGUGUUUAACGACAAUAGAAUCACCUUGUAUAUAUAUUAUGUGUUAUAUGUUAGAGUUUAUGUAAAUAUAUUUUUGUUGUUUUUAAAGAAUUAUUUUAUUGCAUAAUAUUAUAAUAGUAAUUCCUAAUUCAUUGUUGUCAAUGUUUAAUACGUUUAAAAACAAAAACAUUCAUCGGCUAACGAUUCAAUAUAACUUUGUAUUUUCUUUACAUCAAUGUCGUUAAAUAUUAUUAAUAAAUCACAGUAUAAAAAUUUCUAUAAAAACUAUAAAUGAGCUCGUACGUAUUAUUACUAUAAUAGUGAAUUUAACAAGUGAUAAGUAAAAAAUAACAUUAAAAAUAAUAUCUGUAAAAUAAAAAAAAGUAUCAAAUGUAAUAAUAAUAAAAGAUUAAAACAUAAUAAUUAUUUUUUUGUUAUGUUUAACAUUUGGCAGAUCUGAACUGUAGCAUAGAAAUCAGAUUCAAAGCCUUUUUGACACUUGGAGCCGAUGAACCAUGUAGGUCGCAAAGAUGGUAACACCAUGACUUUCUUGUCUAAUUUAUGAGUUUUAUACUUUCUUUUUAGUGUGUUCAUCAUAAACUUGAAUUCUAUGACAGCAUUAGGAAUGCUAAUAAUAUACUGA